AUGAAUUUGCACUUUGAAGGUGCCAGGCGCAUGCCAAAAGAUGGUAUUUCUGAUGCGGAGAAGGAUACUUUCUAUCGAGAGCUAUCCGGGCCCAUUCGUCAGGCAAAAAGCACUGACAUUGUGAUCCUUGCAGGCGAUUUGAAUGCUCAAGUAGGUCGUCUGAGCUCCUCGGAAUCACAUUUGGGUGGUCGAUUCGGAGUCGAUGCUCGCCGCACAGACAACGGAGAUCGACUCCUUCAGUUGUGUGCUGAUCACGAACUGUUUCUGGCAACUCCUUUUUCAACCCCUCUACUUGACAACCCACUGACAGUGCUGGAUUUAUGCACCAAUUUACCAGCUCGCGCGUGCAAUGCGAAGCUACCUACCCCCCCCCCCCAAAUCAUCGGUGAACGAAACUGCGGCAGCUACAACCAGUGUACGACGAGUACGCGGUUAUUACAUCUGACAAUGAUGAUGAAAGGAUGCUAUGAUGGU